AUGUCCGAGCCUGGAAAAUCAGACAGCAAGAGACCACAUGUUCAGGUGACAGAGAUAUCCAAUAAGGAGGAGCUGACUACGGUGCUGGAGGAGGCAGGCGAUAAGCUGGUGGUGAUCGACUUCUUUGCCGACUGGUGUUUUCCUUGCAAACUGAUAUCCCCAUUUGUCCUGGAUCUCGCCAGGACCCACACAGAUGUCAUUUUCGUCAAGGUUGACAUCGAUGAGAGCGACGAAAUCGUCGAGAGGUAUGAGAUAAGCAGCAUCCCAGCGUUCGUAUUCAUAAAGUCUGGCCGGAAGUUGGACUCCAUCACUGGAGCCAAUUACGAUUUGUUAACGAGAAAGGUGGCCCAGCACAAAACACAGGCAGCGACGGAGGAAAUUUCCAUAUUGUAA